CUCUUAGAAAGUACUGUAGAAAGUAGAAAUCACAUGGAAAUCUGUCGACAAAAAAAGAAACCUUACGAUGUUGACUCCAAUCUCUUUCUCCAACCCCGUGCCUUCUCUUCCUCAAAACUUCUAGAUUCUCCAAAAUCAUAACAUACCCCACCCCUACUAACCUCACAUCCUUCACUUCCUCCAAACCCAAAACAAGCCUAAUCAUAACCAUAAACAGCAAAAUUCACCAUUCUCUUCUCUUCCACAACUCCACCACAACCAUGUCUUCUCUCCAAUUCAACCCCCAUCCACUUCCUCCAUCUCCACUACUCACCACCAACAUUUCUUCCUUCUCUCCCACUUCCCUCUCCAUCUUCUACAACCACCACCACCUUCUUCGCUUCAAUCUCAAAACCCUAAAAAACCAUAGGGUUUUCGCAAUGUCUAGUAACUCCACAUUCAAAAUGAACCUCAAUGAGUAUCUCGUCACUCUUGACAAGCCGUUAGGUAUCCGAUUCGGUCUUACCUCCAAUGGAAAAAUAAUCGUUCACUCUCUUGCUAAAGGGGGUAAUGCGGAGAAGUCUAGAAUAAUUAUGGUGGGUGAUACUUUGAAGAAAGCUGGUGAUUCCUCUCAGAAUAGUCUUGUCGAGAUUAAAGACGUUGGAGAUGCACAGAAAGUGCUAAAUGAGCAAACAAGUUCUUUCAGCUUGGUUCUUGAGAGGCCAGCAUCUACAUUUCCCAUUCAACUACUGCAUAAUAAGACGAAUGAUCUUGAAAUAGUGUAUAAUAGAGGUCGAGUUCCUAUUGUCACAUGGAACAAGACACUAUUAGCAUCAAAUUUACAACCAUCUGGUGAGAGCUGUGGGAGUUCUGGAUUUUCGAUGUUCAACUCAAAGUUUCUUAAUUCAAGUGGAAGCAAGUUAUUGGGCAAUCAAAAUCAACAUGCUAUCACCCACGGUGAAAGAAACUCCUUUACUGAACAAACAAUACAACUUGCUUGUGUUUUCACUGAAGAAGCAUGUGGAGAUGGAGAUUGGGCUCACGGAAGUUUUCCACUCGAGGAAUAUAUUAAGGCUCUAGACCGUUCCAAGGAUGAGAUGUACUAUAAUCACUGUCUCGGUAUGCGAUAUAGUAAGAUUACUGAGCAAAUAUAUGUGGGAUCCUGCAUACAAACAGACGAUGAUGUGGAAGCCUUGUCAAAAGUUGAGGGAGUUACUGCUGUUCUGAACUUUCAAAGUGGAACUGAAGCUGAAAAUUGGGGAAUCAAUGUAAAAUCAAUCAAUGACUCUUGUCAAAGGAAUAAUAUUCUCAUUAUCAACUAUCCUAUACGGGACGGAGAUUCUUAUGACAUGAGAAAAAAACUCCCAUUUUGUGUCGGGCUUUUAUUACGGUUGCUAAGAAAGAAUCUUCGUGUUUUUGUUACCUGCACUUCUGGAUUUGACCGGUCUCCUGCUUGUGUGAUUGCAUACCUACAUUGGAUGACAGACGUUUCCCUUCAUGCAGCCUAUACUUGGGUCACUGGGAUGCACACCUGCAGGCCUGACAGGCCGGCAAUUGCAUGGGCAACAUGGGAUCUUAUAGCUAUGGUUGAAAGGGGCGAACAUAAUGGUCCUCCCACACACGCUGUCACAUUUGUGUGGAAUGGUCAUGAGGGAGAGGAUGUAAAUUUGGUUGGAGACUUUACCGUAAAUUGGAAAGAACCCCUUAAGGCAAAGCAUCGGGGUGGAUCAAGACAUGAAGUAGAAGUUAAACUUCCACAAGGAAAGUAUUACUACAAGUUUAUUGUUAAUGGACAAUGGAAGCAUUCAACAUCUUCACCGGCUGAAAGGGAUGAAAGCGGAAAUGUUAACAAUAUAAUUAUAAUCGGUGAAACUGCCAGUGUUCGUCCUUCUGUUCAGCACCAGCAAAAAGAUGCCAACGUUGUAAAGGUGAUGGAAAGGCCUUUGAAUGAGAAAGAGCGGUUUAUGUUGGCAAAAGCUGCUCGUUGUAUUGCUUUCUCUAUCUGCCCUCUCAGAUUAGCUCCCAAAUAGUUGCACGUAAUAUAAUGUACAGUAUUCGUGUUGUAUACAGAAAGUUGAGGCUGCACAAUUUGUUCAGUUAUGAAGAGGAAUGUGGCAAAGAGUUAUCAUGAUAUGUAUUAUUAAUUAACUCUAGUGUUAAACUUAUCUAUGUAAUAAUGUGUUAUAAUAUACAUUACUACAUUGACUUUAUUUGCAAAUAAUUGUACUAUAAAUAAACAUAUUGCUACAGUAUACUUCUUUAGUAAUAAAUUUUGAAUAUGAUUUAUUAUUGUA